AUGAACUUACGGCUUUGCGAUUUAGAAGGUUCAAACGCCAAUUUUCGGUCAUCGUCAAUGUACUUCGCAUCCCUUGUCGCCAUCCUCUGCUCGGCCUAUUCCAUGCAGGCCAGCAUCCCUCGGCCAGUAGCUAAAGGCGGCGUCGCGCUUCUUUCGCUCGCCAUCCUCUUGUCACUCGUUCAGACCAUCUUCAACACUUUCGUCAGCCUCCUUUUCCUCGGAGGUCUAGGAUACUUAGGCUUCCAGUACCUAUCCAAGGAUGGGAAGAAUUCUUCUGGGAGUUCAGCCAUGGACGCGCAGAAGAUAGCAGAGCUCAAGGCCUUCGUGCAGCUCUGCCAGAAAACUCCCGCCGUUCUCGCGGACCCGAAGCUCGAGUUCUUUCGUGAUUAUCUCGAAAGCCUGAACGCGGAGGUGCCAGGGGAGGCGUACGGCCUGAAGACGGGCGCCGCACCCAAGGCAGAGGAGAAGGCAGAAGAACCAAGCACGAUGGAAUCCGAGGCAAGCAAGGUGGAGGAGCCAGAGGAGGAAGAAGUGGAGGAACCAGAGGAGCCAGAGAUCCUGGAGUCAGACGUGGAGAUAGACGAGGAGGGCGUGGUGGAGGGGGACGACGACCCCCCGCAGCAGAUGGGCGAUGCCAGCAAGGAGGUGGGCGAGGAGCAGAGGGACGCCGCUCAGGCCGCCAAGGCCCAGGCCAUGGAGGCCCUGGCUGAAGACAAUCUCGAGGCGGCAGUGGCGCAUCUCACAGAGGCCAUUCUCAACAACCCCACCUCCGCUCUGCUCUACGGCAACCGAGCUGGAGUGUUUGUGCGCAUGAAGAAGCCCAAUGCUGCCAUUCGGGACUGUGACGAGGCUCUUAAGCUGAAUCCUGACUCCGCCCGCGCCUACAAGUCCCGGGGCGAGGCCAAAGCCCUGCUCGGGCAGUGGGAGGCAGCAGCUUCAGACCUGCGCUUAGCCUCCCGCCUGGACUAUGACGAGGAGGUGAACUCGUUCCUGAAGCUCGUGGAGCCCAAGGCACACCGCCUGGAGGAGCACCGGCGCAAGUACGAGCGGCUGAAGAAGGAGCGGGCGGAGCGCGUGGCGGCCAAGGAGAGGCAGCGGCGCAGGAAGGCGGCUCAGAAGGCGUAUGAGGAGGAGAAGAGGCGCGAGGAGGAGCGGAAGAACGCAGCUAGAGGGGCUGGGGGUGGUGGGGGUUUCCCAGGGGGGUUUCCAGCGGGAAUGGGGGGUAUGCCUGGGGGUUUCCCUGGGGAAAUGGGGGGUAUGCCAGGUGGUUUCCCGGGGGGGAUGCCGGCAGGGAUGGGGGGCAUGGGGGGGAUGGGAGGGAUGGGAGGGAUGCCUGGGAUGGGCGGCGGUGCGGGUGGCGGCAUGCCGGACAUGAGUGAGAUGCUCAAUGUGAGUGAGAUGCUCAAUGUGAGUGAGAUGCUCAAUGUGAGUCAGAUGCUCAAUGUGAGUGAGAUGCUCAAUGUGAGUCAGAUGCUCAAUGUGAGUCAGAUGCUCUAUGUGAGUCAGAUGCUCAAUGUGAGUCAGAUGCUCAAUGUGAGUCAGAUGCUCAAGGUGAGUCAGAUGCUCAAUGUGAGUCAGAUGCUCUAUGUGAGUCAGAUGCUCAAUGUGAGUCAGAUGCUCAAUGUGAGUCAGAUGCUCAAUGUGAGUCAGAUGCUCAAUGUGAGUCAGAUGCUCAAUGUGAGUCAGAUGCUCAAUGUGAGUCAGAUGCUCAAUGUGAGUCAGAUGCUCAAUGUGAAUCAGAUGCUCAAUGUGAGUCAGAUGCUCAAUGUGAGUCAGAUGCUCAAUGUGAGUCAGAUGCUCAAUGUGAAUCAGAUGCUCAAUGUGAGUCAGAUGCUCAAUGUGAUUCAGAUGCUCUAUGUGAGUCAGAUGCUCAAUGUGAAUCAGAUGCUCAAUGUGAGUGAGAUGCUCAAUGUGAGUCAGAUGCUCAAUGUGAGUCAGAUGCUCAAUGUGAGUCAGAUGCUCCAUGUGAGUCAGAUGCUCAAUGUGAGUCAGAUGCUCAAUGUGAGUCAGAUGCUCAAUGUGAGUCAGAUGCUCAAUGUGAGUCAGAUGCUCAAUGUGAGUCAGAUGCUCAAUGUGAGUCAGAUGCUCAAUGUGAGUGAGAUGCUCAAUGUGAGUGAGAUGCUCAAUGUGAGUCAGAUGCUCAAUGUGAGUGAGAUGCUCAAUGUGAGUGAGAUGCUCAAUGUGAGUCAGAUGCUCAAUGUGAGUGAGACGCUCAAUGACCCUGAGCUGCUCAUGGCGCUUCAGAACCCCGCUGUCAUGGCAGCCAUGCAGGACGUCAUGAAGAACCCGGCCAAUCUGCUCAAGUAUCAGAACGACCCCACAGUGGGGCCAGUGCUCAUGAAGCUCAUGUCCAAGUUCGGUGGCGGCGCUGGUGGCGCUGCUGGCAUGUAG